GUAAUUACUAGUUUGUCUUUAAACCAUGUUUCUUACCUAGCAUUAAUUCUCGAAACAAAUUCUCUUAUUGAUCUAGCUGUGCUAUCAGAAUCUUCUGUUGACUAAACAAAUCGACUAUGGCCGCGAAUUCAUCUGGUCGCAUCCAGGCAAUUGGCGCAGUGGCUGGAUCCGUAGCAACUCUUGGAUACAUGUACGUCGUUGGCAAGAAGACAAAAUCUGAGGAGGGUUCUGCAUCCAUGUUCAAGAAACCAGGAGAAGGAGCAGGGCUUGCAAAUGACACACGGAUUAGCUCGAAAGAUGUACGGCCGAUUGUCCAAGGUCAGAAGAAACCUUGAGACGCGGAGAGGUACGGAUGGGAAGCCUUUGAGGCCUCGACCAAAUGAAAGCUCCUACUCCGAGUCCAGGGCUCCCAUUUGAUGGUACAUUACUGAUAGACGCUCUGUUUGUAACCUACGAAUUGCCUACGAACUUGAACGAGAGAAAACAGAAAUAAUGUCGAUUUUCGCGGACUUGGCAACUGAGUGAAAG